CAGCGUUGUAGUAUAGUGACUGUUGAGUGGCAUGAGUAAGUAGGGGUUUUCUUCUUUCUUCUCCCCCCUUCAAACACCAAUCAAUCUUCUAAUAAGGGGGGAAGCAGACCCCAAAACUCAUCUUCUUUCUCCUCCUCCUUCUACUCCAUUGUUGCCCAGGAAUGGAGAGUAAAGUGCCACCCGGGAGUUUCUUCCAUUUUUCUCCGGCUGUUGUUCGUCAGGACCCGCUCCACAGGUCUUCGCCGCCUCUCACAGAUCGUGAAAGGUAUUUGACGGAGUUAUUGGCGGAGAGGAAUAAGUUGGGACCAUUCAUGGGAGUAUUUCCCGUGUGCAACAGGCUUCUAAAUCAAGAAAUAAUGCAUGUCCUGGGAUUGUUAUCCAACCAAAUUGCGGAUCAUGAAAGAAUAGGACAUGAUAAUUUGUAUAGGUCCUUUGGGCAACACCUAAAUGGGGUGCUAGUAAACAUGGAUGCAUGGAAUGCUUCCAUACAACUAGAGGAAAACAAACUUCUUCAGAAAAUGGCCACGUUUCACCCCACACCUUUGGAUUGGGCUGUGGCACCCGGAACCACAACUACUAUAGUGAAGCGAGUAAUCAGACUGGAUGUUCCUGUGGAGAAAUUCCCGAAUUAUAAUUUUGUUGGCCGAAUUCUUGGACCACGUGGAAACUCCCUAAAAAGGGUUGAGGCCAUGACAGAAUGCAGGAUAUACAUUAGAGGCCGGGGCUCAGUAAAGGAUUCAAUCAAGGAGGAGAAACUAAAAGAUAAACCUGGGUACGAACACCUUCAAGAACCACUACACAUCCUCGUGGAGGCAGAAUUUUCCGAGGAUAUCAUAAAUGCCCGCAUAGAUUAUGCAGUGAAAAUCCUGGAAGACCUUCUAAAGCCUGUGGAUGAACCUAUGGAUCAGUAUAAGAAACAACAGCUAAGAGAACUGGCCAUGCUCAACGGAACGCUAAGAGAAGAGAGCCCGAGCAUGAGUCCAAGCAUGAGCCCGAGCAUGUCUCCAUUUAAAGCAACAGCAAUAAAACGAGCCAAGACAGGAAUAUAAUGAGUAACUUCUUGUAUUCAUGACAGCGGGUCUUCUCGUUGCUGGCAUCCGGAGUUCCUUGUAGCUCUCGUGUCUUCAGCUCGUUCCGGCUGGUUAUGCAAUCCAUCCUCGAGUUUGAAUUCAGCGAGCAAUGUCAGGAGCUCAGACGGGCGGGUCUAUUAGACAGGGGAAAACGGUAUUUUGGCUUGGUCUUCGAUUAGAUUUUGGGUGCAAGUUCAAAUGUUCAAUUGUUCAAUAUCAAGUAGCAAUAAUCGAAUUUUCGUUUCUAAUCAGUUUUGUGUAGUAGAUAGUCAGAACUGCAGUAUUGACUUUUGUGUUACUCACCUGAAAAGACUUAAUAGGAAAUUCGACAUGAUAAGCUUGAUGGACUCAUAUGUAUUGCUACCAUUUACCAAUUCAAUGUGAAGAUUUAGUUCUCUUAA